UUCUAACGGAAUCAGCUUUUUCUGCAUAGGAUCAAGAAAAUAAUUUUUAACUCUAAAGAUGUCUUCUAACAAAGAAAAUAGAAUUAACAAGCAAGUAGAACAAUAUGUAUCAAAAUUAAAAAUACCCAAACAAAUAGAUCUAGAAAUGCGACACUUAGUUAAGUGUAUGAUAUCCCAUGAUGCUUUUGGAAAUCGAAAUUACAAAUGGUCACUAAAUGAUUUCGAACUUGGAGGAAGACUCGGCAGAGGAAAAUUUGGUAGAGUGUAUAUUGCAAGAGAAAAAAAAACUGGAUUCGUUGUGGCUUUAAAGACGCUCUUUAAAAAAGAAAUUGUCAAAGGACGAGUUGAGCGACAAACGUUACGAGAAAUUGAGAUACAGAGUCAUUUGAAGCACCCAAAUAUUCUACAAAUGCUAGCCUGGUUCCAUGAUUCACAUAGAAUAUAUCUUGUAUUAGAGUAUGCUGGGAAAGGAGAACUCUAUAAACAUCUAAAAUCUAGUGAAGGAGGCAGAUUUAAUGAAUAUUUAUCUGCCAAGUAUGUGUAUCAAGUGGCAGAUGCACUUCACUAUUGUCAUCAAAAUAAUGUUAUUCACCGAGAUAUCAAACCAGAGAAUCUCUUAUUAACAAUUACAGGAGAUGUUAAGCUUGCUGAUUUUGGAUGGUCUGUUCAUGCACCUUCUUUAAACAGGGAGACAAUGUGUGGUACUUUGGACUACCUGCCACCAGAGAUGGUUGGGGGACAAUCAUACAAACAUUAUGUAGACCAUUGGUGUUUAGGUAUUCUAUGUUAUGAAUUUUUGGUUGGAAAUCCACCUUUUGAAAGUAAGGAACAAGAAGAAACAUAUAAAAAAAUUAAAAAGGGUUAUGUGUACUAUCCAGAAUAUAUUUCUGCAGGAGCCAAAGAUUUGAUAUCAAAGGUGUGGUUGACUCACCCUUUAAGGGGCUGGUUGGUGUAUCCGUCAACCAACCCCAACCCAAAAUUCACAUUUUUUAAAUGUGAAUUUUAUUUCAGAAAUAUGAGUGUAUAUAAUAGAAAGUCUGAGAAACCAGAUAUUAUGCUGAGAGUAGAAAUUGAACGAAAAAUCUAUAAGAAACACAGCAAAAGUAUUUGA